AUGUCUGGCCUGAUGCGCCGAUUGCCAAUACACGUUAUCUUGCUGGCGCUAUCAGUCUUGCUACUCAGUGGUUGCGCAAACAAAUUCUUUCAACCCGAAGCAGCAGAUACAGAUACCUGGUCUACACGUCAAGCGACUCUGCAAGCACUCCAGAACUGGGAUGUCAGCGGUCGCAUCGCUGUCAUCAACGGUAACGAAAAUUGGCAAGCCAGUUUACGCUGGAAGCAGCAUCUGGAAACCUAUGCAAUUGACUUGAUAGGGCCACUGGGUCAGGGCCGCGUUGAUAUUCGUGGUACAGCAGAAGCGGUCACUUUGCGAACAGCCAAACAGAGCUUUACUGCGAGCGAUGCUGAUAGUCUGCUGGAGCAAGCCACCGGUUUACGUCUACCGCUCAAUGGUCUGCGCUAUUGGUUGCGUGGCCUGCCAGAACCAGGCCAAGAACAGAAAGUCAGCUUGGAUCGAAAACAACUCUUGCGCCAGCUUAAGCAAAGCGGUUGGUUGAUUGACUAUCACAACUAUAUCCAAGUGGAUCAGUUAGAUUUACCAAAGCGAAUUACAGCGACGCAAGAUGACAUCGCAGUCAAGUUGAUCGUUUCAAAAUGGACUUUAUAG